GCUUGACAGUUGACAUGUGACAUUUAUAUUUAUUUGAUCAGCUGAAAAUUGCGCGCGUUAUCGGUUGAAACAGAAAUAUUGUUAGAUUUUAGAUAAAUCACAAGUGGUUGUUGAUCUCAACAUGGUACCAAGUGCCAGAACAGCGCGUUUAGUCAGGGAAGUGAAGAACUUUGAAACAAAACCUCCAUGGGGAAUAGUUUGCCAUCCAAGAGAGGAAGAUAUCUAUGAUGUCUUGAAUUUCUCUUUACAAGGACCUAAAGGAUCGCCGUAUGAGAAUGGAUCGUUUAAACUAACUGUUACUAUCCCACAGAAGUAUCCCUUCGAGCCUCCACUCGUCAAAUUUACUACACCGGUGUAUCAUCCGAACAUUGAUAAAGGUGGUAGAAUAUGUAUGGACAUGCUGAAAAUGCCUCCUAAAGGGGCCUGGCUGCCUACAAUCACACUGGAAACCCUGCUGGUCUCACUGCAGACCUUACUGGCCAAUCCCAACCCUGAUGACCCUCUUAUGAUGGAUGUUGCCAACGAGUAUAAAUACAACAUAGAGAAAUAUAUAGAAAAUGCUAAGAAACACACAGAAAAAUAUGCUAAAGGCUAAAAUUAAUUAACUAAACUUUAUUGUUUGUUGCAAGAAAAAUUUCAUGACUAUUUUUCAUUUGUCUAAAUGUUUGUUUUAUAAAUUCUGUUCGCAAAAAAUUGUGACAAAUCCAAGCUGUCGGGAGCAUCAGUUUUCUUAAUAUUUAAGAAUUUUUAUAUUGAUUUUCCUAACACUUAGCAAAGCUAAGAUGAAUAAUUGUCAUUACAAAUAUUUGUUGCUUACCUUCGUUUCGU